CGUUGCGCUUGGCGGUUUGCAAACGUCCUAUUUAGACAUGGAUCAGUUAUUGAUUGUAAAACUUGCGCGGAACACGGUUGUUCCGUUGGCUUACGUCUUCGCCACAGUAUUGUUCGUAAUCGCCGGCUACUUUUUGGCCGUAAAAACACAGGUCAGUCGUAUAAUAUUGCAAUAUUGUUACCUUUAUUAGUUAUUAGCUAUUACCCAUUACCUAUUACAUAUUGUUAUUAAAACUAUUUAUUUCAUUAUAAGUAUAAUAAAAAAUGUAGCUAAGAUGUGUUUGGGAAAAACAAUUCCGGUCAAUGUAAUAUUAUAUUGAUCGAAACUGUUUUAUAUAAUAUGUACAAUAUACACAUAUAUGUAUAUUAACAUCAACGGCAUGUUUUCAUUUAUUAAUUAUAAUUAUCAUCGUAAGGUAUAGGUAUACUUACCUGCGUAUAAUAGGUAAAAAAAAGGGGGGGAGGUAGAUACAUUCAAUCCUAUGAUCCUGUUACAAAUUAAUUUUAUUGAGAAAAAACUAUUUAAACAGUUAUUAUUUAUUUAGCGUAACUUACGUUAAUUAACAAACGUUAUAAAUAUAGUUAGAUAUUCAUUCGGUGAAAUAGUUAAUUAUUUGAGUUUGAGUUACACUAAAUACACGAGUAUUAUUAUACCUACCUAUAUUGUAUUAGAAGGUGAAAUUACAACUGUGUAAAAUAAGGGUUUAUGAGGAAUUUAAUUAAGAUUCUAAACAUUUUUAUAAAUUAACUGUUUAUGUGUAUUUGUUUUAUUUUUUACAGGUAAUAUUAGUUUAAUUUUAAUGAGUUUAUACAGAAUUUUAUUUUGUAGGUUAUUUAGCAUAUAAUAUUGUUUUAUAUUCGGAGUGUUGCUCCGGAUCUAUUGUUGUUCAUAUGAUGUGUGUAUUUUUAUUUUUUAUAACAUUUUUGAGAUUUUGUUCCAUUUAUUAUGUAGCUACUGAAAGAGAAAGUAGUUUUUUCUAAAUCUAAAUUAGUUUUCUUAAUACAUAAUUGCAGGGUAAAAUCAAAAAGACGAAAAGUAUAAUUUUUUAAAUUGGUUCAACGAUUUUAUAAAUUAAAAUUUUAGAUUUUCCAUGCAGUUUUCCUAAUAAUUAUGAAAAACCGCGAAAACUGUAGUCAACACGGUAUAUUUGGGUUUUUGUUCUUAUUCGGUUAAAAAUGAUUGUAGUUUAUUUUUUGUAGUAUUACUGUAGUAUUCACAAAAUACUUAUAUUGGACAACGAAGCUUUCAAAAUAUUCUAGUUGUUUUAAAACUAUUUUUAGGAAUUAGAUAUUUUUGUGUUUUUAUGUGUAUUUUUAUUUGGUAGGUAUCUGUUAUUAAAAUUAUAUCACUUAGAAGAAAUGUUUGAAAAUUUAACACAAGGUAUAUUAGAAGUUGUACUAAGUGGUCUCAAAAAUAAAUUUGAGUUUAGUUCAUUAAUUUUUUUAUAAGUUUUAAUAUCAAAUUUUAACAAAAAUCGUAAACAUUACGGAUUUUUAAAACAUGUAUAACCGAACUUCAAAUCGUUUUUCGUUAACAAUGGUUUAUCUUUGCGUAUACACAUAUAAAUUAAAUCAUUUUUUGUAUCCUACCUUCCCAACUUCCUGCAAUUUUUUAUUUCGUACUUCCUUAAUCCUUACUACUAUACAGGGUGAUUUUUUUUAUCAUGAACCAGCAAUUAUCUCGUAAUUAAUUAAGGAUUUUAAGUGAAUUUGAUUUCUGAUUUUUCAUUAAUCUUGAAAUCGUUUAAGGUUUAUUUUAAAACCAUUUUUAAUUUUAAUCCCUAAUCCAUAUACAUUAUAUAAGUACACACUUUUGAUUUUCAAAUAGGAGCUUACCUUUUUGAACACAGAUUUGAAUAGAGAAUAUUUUUAUAGAAUUUUUGAUAUGCAUAACACUAAUAUCAGAUUUACCGUUUAUGAGUUAUAGCAUUUUAAAGUUUAGACCGGAGGAGUACAGAAGGGUUGAGGGUUUAAGAGUAAAAAAAAAACUGGCAUCCUUUUCAACUAUUGAAUUCAAACCUAAUUUGUCAAGCGUAAUUCAAUAAUUAAUAAUUUACGAAAAAAAACCUAAUAACACUAUUGCAGCCUGCAGACAAAGUUUUCGCUUACAUGUUAUUUACUUCAGAUUCUCAUCGUAGCGUUUUACUAUGAUGUAGUUGCGAGGAAUGUGUUGGUUUUACUAUGAUAUUAUAAAACACAUAUAAUAUGUUUGUUUUUCUUUUUUUUCUGUCUGUAAUCAACUUUUCCAUAAAAAAUUUUGCUCUGAUCAUCAACUUUAAGGGUGGUUUCUAUUAGAUAAUUUUGUUGAAGCGAUGGGGUCAUUUUUUAUUUUCUUAGAGUAGUUUUCUUUAUAAUGGGGAAAAACCGAAAAAAAAUGUCAGAAAAACUACUAUAUUUAUUCAAUAACGGUUUUUGUUUUAUUCAAUUUGAUUUUAGAUUCUGAGUGGAACGAGGAAUGUAUUAGUUUUACAAUGAUGUUUUUUUUUAUUGAUCAAUUUUCCUACCAGAAAAUAUACUCCGAAUAUCAAGUAUAGCACUUUUUCCGAAAGGAAAUUUUCUUUGUAUGGUACUUUAGAGAGGUAAUAUUUUGAAUUCGAGAUAAUGAAGAAAAUGUAGGACUUUAGGUUAAACAAAAUUGAAAGAUGAAAAAUAAGUUUGUCAUUGGCAACCGUUUUUAUUUAUUUUUUGUUAUUAUUAAGUUUUUAUUAUUUUAAUUAUUUUUAAACAAUCAUUGUUGUCAUGGAAACGCACAUUGUUUUAAUUAUUUUACCAUAAUAUGACAUAAUACCAUACAUUGUAUUGUUGACAAAGCAACAUUAUCAACUGAACUAGGUUCAGAAUCGUUUUUUCGUUUGCUCAAAAGUUUAAAACAUGAGUUGAGUAUGAGUUGAAAUUAGCUGUGUUUAAAGUUCAAAUUUUAAUGAAAAUGCAUUUUGAUAAAUAUUUCCUGAUUUUCGUUUAAACCAAAUAGUAGAGGUACGUUAUAUUUUAUAUGUAUUUCUAAAUAAUUAUUUGAGGUUCCUUUUUUCCUAUUUCCGUGUUUCGCCCAAGUUGAGCACUCCAUAUUAUAUCAAAUAAAUGUGACUACUGAUUACUGACUAUAAAUGAAGUCCAAGAGAACAUCUAUUCCUUUAAUCUUAUAUUAAAUUAACAAACGUCUGCAACUGAUAAUAAUGUUUAAAAUUGUUUGGAAGCAAUAUAAAUCGGGAAAAUAAUAUUUGAGAGUGUUAUUUGUAUGGAAUGAUAAUUUCAUGAAACAAUAUUUUUAUUCCAGGAAUAAUAUAAUAUAGGAAAUAAGAAUCAUAUUUUGUCGGAAAUAUAUUAUUUCCUACGAUUUUUUUAACUAUAUAUAAUAUAAACCAAUAAAAUGAAUAUCAGGAAACCUACUUGUCAGGAUAGAAUUUCGCUGGAAAAUAUAUAAACGUAAUCAUCUAAAACGUGACAGUAUAGGAACAAAUAGUUUUAUUAUGAAAGUAUGAUACCUAUUAAUUAUAGACGGUUUAAAAUAAAGUGUUACCACAGUUUAUUCCAUAUUCCCAUAUGAAAUACUCGGGUAAAAAAUAUAUAUUUUUCUAAAAUUCUACAUAAUUAUUAACACUAGCGUACCAGGUAGACACUGAAAAUUCUUGAUUUUAUAAAACGUGUUUCUUCUCAGUUUAAAUUAGUUGCGUCGAUUAAAUUUUUAUACUGUGUCCUUAAACGUUCCGUUUUGGAUUAUGUGUCUGUGACAGGGAUCUGCAUACCAUUAUUAGUUAUGCUCUGGAGCGAGUGCAGCUUAAAUUAUUGUAUUUUGCAGAGUUUGUGUUGAAAAUAGAUCACCUGCCACACAAUUACUUCCCUGUUCUUGCUUCCCUACAAUUGUCUCCUCUAGCUGACAGAAAAGUUCGAGCAAAUUUAUGUUUUCUAAGCAAGUUAGUCUGAGGUCUUAUACAUUUCCUAUACCUUCUUCGAUGCAUUUUUUAAUGCAUCGAAUAUUAAUAAAUAAAUGUCGAUUACAAUUAAUUAUAAUAUGAUUAAUCUUGUAUAAUUAUUCGAAUUUAGGUAAUUUUUUACCGAGACCCAUCAUAACAUUCAUAACACUAAUUUGUUCACUGAAUGUAAGACUAUCAAGCAUACAAGGUGUGACAGAAAAGUAACGAGAUUAUCUAAACAUAAGCUAAACUAUUAAUGUUAUAUAUAAAGUGAUUACUGAAAUAUGAUUAGGAAAUACAUAUCUAAGAGUAUCAUCAGUAUUUAUUAAAAUGUUUUAUAUUUUUUUUAUAUUUAUUAGCCUUGUUAUUAGUGUGUGUUCGACUAUUUUGCCGGAAAAUGUUAGAUUUAACGACAUGUUAACAUUAAAUUUCUUGUUAAAUUAAUAAAAACUUUAGCGGAAUCGUUUUGAAUGUUAACUAAAGUUUAUGGUGAAGAAUAAGUUUUAUGAGUACCGCGUUUUUGAAUGGCACAAAAGGUUUUGUAGUGGAGGAGAGACCGUCGAAGACGACUAUCGUUCUGGGCGUCCUACCACGUUUUCAACAAACGAAACCAUUUAAAAAUUGAUAAAAUAAUUUGGCAAUAUCGUAGAUUAAGUGUUAGAGCUGAAGCAGAGACGGUUAAUAUUGAUAGAAAAAGUGUUCGUAGAAUUUCAGUUAAAAAUUUAAGUAUGAAAAAAACGUGUGCCAAAAUGGCUCCUAAAAAUUUAACACUGUAUCAAAGUUUUUUGACUGAAAAAAAUAUUAAUAUACUACAACACCCCCAUACUUGAUAGAUCUUGCGCCUUGAGACUACUUUCUAGUUCCAAAAAUUAAAAGUUCAUUAAAAUGAACCUAUUUUCAAACGGUUGAUGAUGUCAAAAUGAAAACGGCAGAACUUCUAAAAGGGUUUACUAAAAGUUAUUGGCAGUGAUGUAUGGAACAGUGUGUAGUUGCUGAGGGAAACUAUUUUGAAGGUGAUAAUCAUUAAAUUGUAAAAUUUUAAAAUUAACCACUUUUAUUCAAAAAAUCUAGUUACUUUUCUGUCACACCUCGUAUUAUUACGAUGAUUUUAAUACAAAUAUGUAUAUUGUAAUCGUAAUACAUUGACAUAAAUUCCACUCCGUUUUAAUGCUAAUCAUAUUGAUUUUCUAAAAACGGGUUAGUUGUUGAACGUUUUGUUUUAUAAUUUACUAAGGGGCUUCGAUCACCAAAGUCCAAUCCCUAUCCACUUUCUCAAUCAAUAUAUAUUGUAAUGACGUUCAAUCAUAGGUAAAUAAUUAUAAGGACAGUAGGUGUCAAGAAGUAAUCCGUGGGUUACAAAAUGUCUAUUGAAAAGAUGUAUUUUGCCGGGUAACUUAUAAUACUCACUAAAUAUAUAUGCCUCUAUACAUAAACGAAGAACUGUAGUUUUUUUAACUGCGGAAAUAUUUGUCAAUAAUUGUUUAUUUUAACUGUAUUUUGUAGUUUCAACCAAAAAAGUUUGUUGAUAGUUUUUUAUGAUUUUUUUAUUACCUAUUUUCAUAUGUUUUUGUAUAAAAUUCGAAGAUGUAAUUUUAUUAUUACCCCCAAUCAAAUAUGGUUUAGACAAGUAAGCGUGGUUUAAAAAUUAAUUAUACAUCAUUCAAAGCGUAUUAUUAUACUUAAAAAUAGAUAAUAUAUGAAGUUUGGCACAUGCAUUGUUUUGAGUUUUUGAGACGGUUGGAUGUUGUAUUUUGUAUUUGCUUCAACCAAAUGUUGUUAUGUGAAACUUAAAUGAAAUUCAUAAAUACGAUCGUGCGUUAGCAAGCUUGCACAUACUUUUUUGAUAUGAAAAUGACUGUUUUGUAAUCAUAAAAUAGCAUGACAAAUCACGGUUCACUUCAACUAACUAAAUAUUAUCUGUAUACAUAAUUAAUUGUGCAUAGUUUACAACUUAAAUUGUUAAAAAUAUACUAUAAACGAAAAAUAUAUUCAUAAAUUAUAGUGAACUCCGAGAUGAGCUAACUCAAUUUAUUCGUUUUUACGACGAUAAAAUUUUUAUCACAUUAUCUACUAAUCCAGUAUGCAGUAUCCAAUAAUCCAGCUUGACGUCAAAGAUGUAAACCGAAAAGUCAUUUUAUCUUUACAACGAUAGGUACUGGAUUUCCAUGUCUUUCAGACAUUUUUUUUUCUCAAGUUACUCAUCGUAAAUCGAAUAUUGGAAUAGGAUUGAACCCCGUGUCGAACUGGCACGAAGGUUCAAAAAUGUAGAUGUGUAUUUCGUAUAGCCGUGCCCAUCGGUCCAGAGAGAUCAUUGAUUUGAAAAAAUAACUACCUCUGAGCUAUAUAAUUUAUAAUUUCGGUGAAGUAUAAAAUAUAAAAUGUAUAGGUAUUUUAAACAUAAUUACCAAUUAUUGCGAAACUUUGUAACAUAGUAUUUAUUUUUAUUUGUAUUUUAGUCGUCCAUGUUAUUUUGUAAAGAUGGAAACUUUAAACAGUUUUUAAUUAAAAAUGUACCUGUUGUCAAAGAAAACUAUUUACCAACAGUCUGGGGGCUCAAUGGUUAUGCACAUACGGUUUUGGCCACAGUAUUUAGAGAUAUCACUACACCUAUGGUUAAAUAUGAAAGGUAAGUUUUAUAAUAUAAAUUAUAAUAUUAUACCUAAUUAAGGAACUAUUAUGUUGAGGUAUAAAUAUUUUCCAAAUUUAUUUAUGUAUUUAUUAUUUGAUAUUUAUACUGACUUAUUUAGAUAAUAGUAUUAUUCUUGCCUACAUUUUUUUGUAAUAUUACCUUACUACUAAGUUAAAAUUGUCUACUUAAGAUAGGUAGAUAAAUUGAUGAAAUUCAUAUAAAAAUCUAAAUUUUAUAAAAUGCAAGCAUACCUAACAAAGUUAAAAACAAAAAAUAAUGAUAUUAAAUUCGAGUGAAAUUGUGUCAACGAUAUUUAGAUUGACUUUACAGUUAUUAUUAGUUUUUAAAACCUCACAUAAAAAAGAGAAAAAUAUUAUAGAUUUAUUUUAUUAUGGACACAGGGAAAUCCUGACGUUAAAAGAUGGUGGUGAAGUUGCUAUAGAUUGGCGUUAUCCAAAAUCUGAUGUUCCACAGAAUUUACUUACUGUAAUCAUACUUACAGGGCUGACAGGUGAUAGCCAAUCUGAAUACGUCAGAGAAACAGUAAACGAACUGUUUGAAAAAGGCUAUUGUUGCAUCGUAUUUAAUUAUAGAGGUCGAGGAGGUAUAAAACUCAAGGUAAAAUUUUAGUAAAAUUUAAUGAAUUAUUUAAAUAUGUUACAAUAAUGAAUUCAUGCAUUAUUAUGUUAUGAGAUAAUAUUAUAGGUUUAAAAUGUUUAACCUAAUCACUAACAACUAAACAAAUCAUUCCAUUGAAAUAUUAGGUAGGUACCUAUCUUUAAUAAAAAAGCAAUGAUAAUCAGUAGGUAAUCAUUUAUAUUAGGUGACGUGUCACCGCCCACUAUAUUCCUAGGUAUUUUAUAUGUCAAAUGACCAAGUUUUUAACAUUGACCUAUUCAAUAAAGCGUGUAAUCAUUUUUUACUAUGAGUAAUAAUAAAUCACAAAUUUGACGUUUAAGAAUAAUAAAAUAACUGUUCCAAAAUCAGAUUACUCACCUCAUAAUUAGAGUUUGGAUGUUGAAGCUCAAUAAAUAAUUUAAAAAAUUAAAAAUGAAAUAAAAAUUCUAGAAAAAAAAACAUACUAUUUUUAAAAAACGUAUGUAAUUUGAUACAUAUUUUAGUAGAUAAUAUGGCUGAGAAUUAUUAAAAAUUACGACAUCAUAGUAAAAAAUUAGAGAUGUGAAAAUCGAACUGAAAAUUGAAAAUAAUUAAGUAAAUUGCAAAAAAUAUUUUUUCCAAAUUCUUCAACUUAUCCAUUCAAUCGUGCAGAGUAUGAACUUUAAUAUUUCGAAAUUUUUCUUAGUACAAUAAAAUAAAAAAUAUUCCGAAAAUACACAUGUGACAAGAUGGACGGUUGGCUCAAAACAGCUGAAGUUUACAACACUUUUUUAACCAAAUCAUAUUGAUUUUAUCUUUUCGGUCAUAACUUGAUAACUGAUUUGAUGCAUUAAUGCAAAAAAUAAAUAUUAACAUUUCAAAUCCGUAUAUAUAACACAUUUUAUUGAAAAAAUAUAUUAAUAAAACGAAAAAACAGAAAAAAGCUAUUUAAAAACAAAAAGGGCCAGAAAAACAUUAAAAAAAAAAAAAAAAUGGCUAAAAAGGUAAAAAAUACAAUAACAUUUUGUGAAUUAAAUAACUUAUACUACGUAAUAUGAAAAAAAAAUGUAUAGCUGAAGUAGUUUCAUAUUAGACCAAUAGAAAAUAGAAAUAGAAAUGUCUACAUCUUCCGAACAGUCCGAACUCUAGUCAUAAUAUUAUCUGCCUUCGUCUAUCGAUUUGUAUCGAUAAUUCAAAUUCUACUCUUUAAACUAACCUACUUUUAUUUUUUAUUUUCAUCGACACAAUAAUAAUUGAAUUCUUAGAAAACCCUAUACUAUAUUUUAAUAGACUGCCCGCACGUACUCGGCGAACAACAUCGAAGACCUGACGGAAGUGCUGAAACACGUCAAGUACAAAAGACCAAACCGACCGAUCGCCGCCAUAGGAUUCUCAAUGGGAGGGUAACAUUGUCGUCGCCAUCCUUGCCAUGGUCACAGUAGCUGUAGAACACACUAUAACCGAGAAUGAACGUACCUAAGGUACAUCUAAACUUUGUAUUUGAAUGACAGAAAAAUGUCCAAAUCUCUACAAUUUCUAUUAAUGAUUUGAUACGAUUUUUUGAAAUCCACCGCAUGCGCAUGAUUCAAUUAAUCUUCAGUGUUAUUAAUGUGAUGCAUACGUGUAAUGAUCUUAAAGUAAGAUAAAAUGAUAAAAUCCGAUAUUAGCAUGUAUAUUUGAUAUUUGAUUUAUUAACGCCAAUGAAACUUUCUUGAGAAAGUUAAGAUAUUUCUUGUGUUUCUAAUAUAAGAGUCUUUCUUUAAAAUUGUUGUGCUUUUAAUAUGAUUACCUAUAUUUUUGCAUUUAUUAUUUCAUUUUUAUGAUUUAUUUAUUAACAAUACAAAAUUAUCAAAUAUAAUCAUCAAAAAAUAAAACGUUUUAAUACGUAAAUUAUAAAAUGAGCUGAUACUGCUAAUGAACUGUUAGAUAGAUAGAGUUUGUUUAAACAGGUUUUGCAAUGACACGAUUUAUACAAAUUUCAUAAAAAUUUGAAUUUUAAGCUUUUAUAAAAAAAACUAUUAAAUGACGUUCAACUUUUUGUUGCCAAUUAGAUACAACUUAUGAGGAACCUCGUUUAAAUUGUUGAACUUUUAUUUUUAGGCUAAAACAAUUUUAUUCAAAUAGAACUAAAUAAAAAUAAAAAUUUCAAAUAACUAUUAAUAGAUUAAAAAUAGUCAAAAUAUUUUGAAAAUUAUGUUAUGUUGAAAAAUGACUGAUAUAAGAAUUUGGUGAACAUUUGAGAUUUCUACGAUUUUUUUUAACUGAAUACAACAAAAAAAUCAAACUUUCUUAUUCACCAACUAUAGAUAAUAAAUAACAACUUUAUUGUAAUUAAGUUUAUUGGCAUAUGAAAACGUUAUAUUAAUAAACCACAAAUAUUUUUAAUAUAACAUAUUCUGCAUGUGUAUGAUGUUAUUCUAAAUUAUCUGCAUAAUAUAAAAUAUUUUCAAUUUAUUUUCUGAAAAAAAAACAAAUAUAUUUAUAUUUACCAGCAAAUAUGUGUUAUGGACCAUUUCUUCUACCGGUACGUUCUUUCUUGAGCAUAAUGUGUGAUUAGUGAACUUUCAUUAUCGCUUAAGUAUAAACAUUAAAGUUUCACGUAACUUUAUAUAUUAUAUGAUAUUCCCUCUAGAACAUUGUUGGGGACAUUCUUGAUGUCACGUGAACAGACUGAAAAUAAACAUUUAAUCACAGGCAUACUGAUAUCAGUACCAUGGAAUGUAACUCAAGCAUGUAAAAAUGCGGAAGGCUCGUGGCUAAUGCGAAAAAUGGGCCAAAACUUAUCGCACCAUUUACGCAAUGUCGUCGUUAAGUAAGUAAUUUUGAAUUUUGAAAAAAAAAUUUAAAAUUCAUAAAAAACAUUUAUUGGAUUAAAUUAUGAAGCUACUUAGCAUGCAAAUAUAUAUAUAUAAUAAAAAAAAAAUAAAAAAAAAAAUAAUUGAACAAUGUGUUUAUAUUUAUUGAUUAAUUUAAUAGGUACUUAUUAAUAAUAAUUGUUAAUAUUGACAAAUAAUAACAAUUUAAUAAAAAAUUCAGAUUGAAUAAAUAUUAUAUAGGUAUUUCAUAACGGAAAAGUUGACAAAAUGAGAAAACUAUUUUAGAAAAAUAAUUUUACGAUUUUCUUGUAAUUUGAUACCACUGAGUUCUUAAAAAUCGAAGCAAACCAAGCAAAACUCUUUGCAUCAGAAUCAUAUUUAAAAUAUGAAAUUCUACACAGACAUUUUUUUUUAUAAAAUAACACUAUAAAUCUAAUAAAUAAUAACUAGCAUAUUAUCUUUGAAUGGGCAUUACGAAAAUUUGAAUUAUUCGAUAAAGUUUAAUAUAUUAAUUAAUAUUUUCUACUUUAUUUCAGGAACAAAGAUGUAAUUUUCGAUCAAGAUAAAAACAGUUCUUUGGAUUAUAACAGUAUUAAACAGGUAGAAUAAUAUAUAUUCAUAAUAAUAAUAAAAAAAAAAAAAAUAAUAUAAUUAUUAUAUUAUUUUAAAUUUUAAUUAGAUAGUCUUAAUAAUAAUAAGUAGGUAUUAAAUAUCAUAAAUAAAUACUAACUAACUGAUACAAUAAUUUGGGUACUAUAUUGUAUUGUAAUAUUAUUAUAAAAUAAAUUAACAUUGAUUAUUCGUAAUAGUAUAAAUAUGUUAGCAAAGAGUAAUCAUUAACCACAGGCGAUCAUAUCGAGGUGGCGUCAUCAUUUUUCCUGUAGUAGAAAAUCAGGCUGAAUAAUUGUUUUUGUUUUAUUAUACACUAUCUGUUUCUGUUACCAAUUACUUCUUUUGCGUAGACAGUUCAUAAUGCCUUAUCUACAGUGUGUAUGGAACUAUAGGACACUACGAUUAUGAAGCAUGAAGACAUAACUUCAUAUUAUGAUAAAGGCUGCAAAUAAUCAGGUUGUGACAGCUAGGGCAUACGUAAACUGCGUUUGAUUUUUUUUUGUUAACUAUGCCCAGACAUUCAUCUAAAUUAAAAAGGUAUAAUGUCAACUAUGCCCCGUUUGUUUUUAUUACCAUAUUUUAUACAACUUAAGUUAAUUUUCUGACCAAACUCAUUCAAUACUCACAAAAAUAUUAGAGUAUAUAGCAUAUGACUACAUAAAAAUGAUUUAUUUGGUAAAAUCAUAGUAUUUGUGAAAAUACAAACUUGUUAUCAAAUACUAUGACUAUUGAUUAUUAUAUAAUCAUCACUAUAUAUCACUAAUAAAUCACUAUAUGUAUAGACAUGAUAAAUAUAUAGAUACGGUAUCUAUCGAUCUAAUAAUCACUUAAGUCACUAUGACCGAACAUUUCAUGUCACAGCAUUUGAUUUUAAAUAAAUAUAGAGUUAUUAAUUUUUUAGCUGUUACUUGGGCGCAGUCAACAUGUCAUAUUUUUAUACUUGAUAAAAAUUCGGGGGAAGCAUUCAAAAUCUUGACAGUCAAAAUCUCAAUGGUUAUAAUCCCGACAGUUAAAAUGUUGAUAAGGUCAACACUCCGAGAGUGUCGGAAUCCCGACAGAUAAAAUCCCAACAAGGUCAAAAUCAUGACGGUCAGAAUCCCGACAUAGUUAAAACCCCAACGGACAAUAUCAUACAGAAUUUCACAUUGACAUGAUAAUUUGCAUCCCCAGAUGAUGUGUAGGUAAUCGCCUAAUUAUGCCUCUUAAAAUUUUACUGGUUAUCAAAGUGUAAAAAUAGAAAGAGAACAUAUUUUACGUAUAAAAAAAUAUAAAUAUUGCAUAGAAAUAUUAUGGACUAAACCAUAUAAAAAAUCCAAGAAGCUCCAGUUUUAUCGAUCCUUCUUAUAAAUAAUCAUACGUUUUAGGUUUUGAGUGGAGCGAGGAAUGUAUUGGUUUUACAAAAAUGUUUAUUUUAUUUUAGAUUCCGAGCAUAGCGAGGGCCUAUUCGUUUUACAAUGCUGUUUAUUUCUUUGUUCUAGUCUGUGGACACGUUUCUUUUUAGUAAACUUGCUCUGAUUUUUACAUAUAGCAACUUUUCUAAAAUCUGAAGUUGUCCAGAUUGUACUUAGUACAAGUCAUUUUUUUGAUUUUCGGCGCUAUUUUUUAAAUAAAAGCACUUAGGUUGCAAAAAACGCAAGAAAACGUACAAUUUCACUAUUACAUUAUUUUAUAAAAACACGGACAACGUUUUCUACCAGUUUUCUAACGUUUUCUAAAAAAUCAUUUAAUCGAAAAAUUACGAAAUACCUUUUUUGUUGCUUUUUUGAUUUACUUUCUUACGGUAUCAUCGCCAAAACUUUUAAGAUUUUAAGGAACUUUAAUUUUUGGGAGUUUUUUUAUUGUAAUUCGGUUAUAAAUACACUUAGAGACUUGAAAUUUGGUAAUAAUACUUAUAUUGAACUUACUUAGACGUGGUAAAAUUUCCGAAAAUCAUCGGACGACUGUUUUUCCUUUUUUAAAUUUUUUACUAUGGUACUUUAUUUUAUUUUUUUUUUAUACUGUAGACCACUUUUAUCCUAGAAAACUUUUUUCGAUGUAUAAGUGUAGCACUUUUUCUGAAAGUCAAUUUUAUUUACUUGGUAAAUACAUAGGUAAUUUUUUGAUUUUCGAAACAAUAUUUAAAAUAAAAACGAUUAACCGACAAGAAAAAUAAGAUUUUUUCACGAUUUCGUUAUUUUAAAUAAAUACCUACAACGUUUUUUAGCACAAAUAAUGAUGCAGGUUAUUUUUGAAUUUUUGAAUUAGUUUUCAUAAUAAUCGGGAAAAAACCUAGGAAAGUUAGUUUAAAAAAAAAAUACGGCACUUCAAAUUAUGUAUCACCGAACUGUGCUCGGAAUCGUUUUUCAUAAGCAAUGGUUUAACGUUGUUUACAAAUAUAUAAUUGCUAAAUUAUGCUAUCGAAUAAUAUAUUGCUUAUAAAUUAAAUAACCUUAUGUAUUCUACCUUCUCAACUUCUUACCUACAACAUUGGCCGCACCUGUCUUUAGUAUCAGCUCUCUUUUAAAAUUUUUUUUUUCUGUGAACAACUUUUCUACCACCAAUUUUGCUCCAAUUUAUAAUGAUAGUACUUUUUUAGAAAAGAAAUCAGACUGGGUUUUUUGAUUUUUCCAGGAGUUUUCCCAAUAAAUGAGAAAACCGGGGAAAAAUUAAGGAAAAACCGUAGGCGAAACAGGCAAUUAUGUCCAAAUUUAACAGAUAUUAUUAAAGAAAAUAUGCAUAUGCAAUUAUUUUUUCUAUAAUAUGACAUUUAUAUUGUUGACAAAGCAACAUUAUUAACCGAACGCCGUUUAGAAUUAUUUUUCGUUAGCAAUGGUGAUUAGGUUAUGGUUAAUUUUUAUGUACAGAUAUACAUUCAAUAUACGAUAUACGUUCGUCUAUUUUUCUAUUGAUAACGUUUUUUUUGUGUAGAACGUUAUUCAUCACGAAUAAUAUUUUCGAUUUCUAAAUCAACUCGAUUCUGCUCAUUCUUAAACUUAUUUAUACAAGUGAAAACACCAACAUGAGCUUUACCAACCAAAGUAGCUCAAUGCUGAUGCCAAGCUUCAACAAUAUGUUUUGUCCUCGAAAUACCUUAAUCAAUCAUUAAGUUCAAAACAGCCUAAAUCGUGGUGGGAAAACAGUGGAUCCAUACUAAAUACUAAUAGAACAUAAAGAUUACGAUAACGGACGGAAAUGGCAAGAAAAAAAAAUUUAGCGUAAAGUGCACAGCGCUCUUUUAAUUAAGCCAGGUUAAUUAUAUUUCUAUUAUAUAGACAUAGGUGAUUUCCUGUAUAAAUACAUCAGUGGUGGAUCCAGAGUUGAAUUUUGAAGGGGGUCUCCUAAAAAAAAUGACUACUUAGUAAAAGAAAAAGGUACUACACACUUCACAGUAGUAUAUACUUCACACUUGGGUGGGUCACUGUUUAGGUGAAAAGUUGGAAAGGUAGAGGGGAAAUUGAAUGCAUAUAUGUAUGCAACGAUUAUUCAUUGCUAACGAAAAACGAUUCGGAGUUCAGUUAAUAGUGUUGUUUUGUCAAUAAUAUAUUUGUCAUAUUAUGGUAAAAUAAUUAUAUAUUCAUUAACUAUAAAUUGUGUUUAAUAUUGUACCUGUUUUACUGAUUUUUCCCAUUCAUUAUGAAAACAGCUGGGAAAAUCAAAAAAUCACCUCUUUUAAGUAUCACCUCAGUUAGAUUUCUUUUCAGAAAAAUUGCUAUCAUUGUAAAUUGGAGUAAAAUUUUAAAUAGAAAAGUUGUUCGCAAAUAAAAAAAAAUGUAUAUAUAUAUAUAUAUACAUCAUUAUGAAACCAAUACUUUCCUCGCUCCAUUCAGAAUAUAAAAUAGGUAAUAUUGAGGAUGGAUGCAGCCACUGUUGUAGGUGAUAAGUUGAGAAAGUAUAGAACACAUAAGGUUAUUUAAUUUAUGUUUUUAUAAGUACCAAUUAACCAUUGAUAACUUAUUUUUUGAUCGAAGUAAGAUUUCUGGUAGAAUUAGUUUUACAGACAGAAAAACAAAUAAACAAUUCAUAUCAAACAAUUUUGUACAAUCAAUACAUUCAUUGCUCCGUUCAGCUUUUCUUCCUUAAAAAUCAUGUAUUAUAUACGUGUUGAAUAACUAAUUAUUUGUGGAAGUAAAAUCUUUUUUAUAGUCUAUAGUCUGUAGGAGGGAUGAGGCCCCUGGGGCCUCUCUAGAUCCAUCACUGAUUUGCAUACAAAAAAACAUAUUCGUCUAAUAAAUUAUUUUAACCGAGUUUUUUCACUGAUUGAUUAUAAAGUGUAACACCAUUCGAGAAUUCGAUACAGCGUAUACCAUUAAAAUGUUCAACUACACCAACGUCUAUCACUACUACGAGGAUGCGACUCUGAGCAACAAAUUGCAUAUGAUUAACGUACCGUGUUUGUGUUUAAGUGCAGCGGACGAUCCAUUUCUUUAUCUAAACGGUAAAAAAAAAAAAAAUUAAAUGAUAAAAAUAUUCGGAUAUUUCAUAUUAUGAUAAUAUUAUUGAAUUUUUAUUGCAGACAUACCUGUUCGUGAAGCCGACCAACACAACAAUGUGGCCAUACUAGUGACUUCCGGGGGUGGACACGUGGGCUACUUGGACAAGUUUUGGCCGUUCACAAAUAAUAACUUCAUGUUAAAGCUUAUCCAACAAUAUCUUGAUGCGAUUACGAUGAACAAGAAUUACGAAAAAUUGGAUAAAUUUUAAACAAAUCGAUUUGUCUAUAUAAUUAUAUUAGUAUAAAUAUUAAUAUAUUGUUAUUUUGUUUUAAUUAUCGUUAUUAUACUAGAUAGGUAGAAUCUAGAAUCGGUUUAAUGAUAAUAAUAAUUAAGUUAAAUUAUUGAUGUUCUAUUAUAUUUUGUUACUGUGAUUUAAAUUCUAUUUUAAAAAAUUAUAUAUGUUUCACAAAAAAAUUAAUUUAUAGUUUAUAUAAAAUUAAAUGUACACUAAGGGUAUAAUAUAACAUAACAUUAUAUAACCAAUGGCAAAACCAAGAUUUAUUUUCGUGGUAAGAGGAGAGGGGACUAUGACUUUAAAACAUCUGUCUCGAUACAUUUAAUUUCUUUAGAUGAGGUAAAGAAUAAGUUGGAUGUAAAGUAUUUAAAUAUACUUUUAUUAGUUGAGUAAUAAUAAUAUAAAACCAUAUUAUAUAAUAAGACAUACUUUGUACCAUGGGUAAGCCACUAUUGUAGGUGGGGAGUUCAGAAGGUAGGAUCACAGGAGUAGCUAAGAUUUUUAAGUUACUAUAGUUUAAUUAAGUCCAUUGGUAAAUCAUCUCCCCAAAAUACCUACUACUAAUUCAUGAUUUCGGGAAGGCUAUAAAUACAUUAACUAAGAAUAAGCACUUCCUACCACUCAUAUUUACGUUAGUAGGGAAAUUUUUUUUUACAAAAUUAUUCUAAUCAAAUAAUAAUUUUGAACAGAGCUCAGUAAUUGGUAAGUUUAUAGUGGUCCCAUUUUUUUUCAUGUAGAUAAAGGUAACCCAGAAUCAGCAAACUUUGGUUGCACCACUAUAUAUGUAUAGUAGCCAU